CGUAAUUUCUUUCUACUCGACGCAGUUGCAUGUUCGCUGUGUUCAAUACUUGGUUCAGUAGGUAUUCUAUCGUCGGUGAGUGGUGUUGGUGUAAUAUGAAACUAAAAGUGAAUGUUUUGCGUGGUUGUAUCUAGAUAAUUUCGUGAACUACACAAGGAAACCGGUAUCUCAUAAUGUAAAAUACUUAAUUGCGUUGAUUUUUUGAGCUCAUUUUUAGGUGCGUUAAUUUCAUAGUGAAUUUCAUUGGACAGUGACGAGGAAACAUGCAGCUGUUGGUGCGAUUUUUGAACUUUUUGAACGUUGUGUUGGGGAAAAUUUCUGCUCCUCUUUAUUCUUACUUCGCUAAACUUCCGCGGAAACCUCUACCGGCGCUGAAUGAACCAGGGAUUCUCAAUUCGAGCGCGACAACUCUAGCCGAAAAAAUUAGAACCAAAGAACUCACCAGUGAGCAAGUUGUGAAAGCUUUCAUUGAACGAUGCCAACAGGUGAAUGGGCAAUUGAACGCUAUAAUUGAAGAUCGAUUUGAAGCGGCUUUAGAAGAUGCUAGGAAUGUCGAUCGUCUCAUCCGAAGUAAUGAAAAACCUAUCGAACAACUCGCCAAAGAGAAGCCUUUGCUGGGAGUGCCGGUAACGUUUAAGGAAUGCUUGAUGGUUAAGGGUUUGAGUUAUACUGCCGGAGCUCAGCUGAGAAAAGGCGUAAAAGCUACCGAAGAUGGUGAUGCGGUUGCUGCAUUGAGAAAUGCAGGAGCUAUUCCAAUAGCUGUUACAAACUUGCCAGAGCUGUGCUGUUCUUACGAAACUCGAAGUGAUAUAAUUGGCUACACGAAUAAUCCGUACGAUCCUAAUCUCACCUCGGGUGGAUCUUCUGGAGGAGAAGGUGCUCUAGUCUCAGCAGCUGGUUCAGUUAUUGGUAUUGGGUCAGAUUUUGGCGGAUCUAUUCGAGUACCCAGUUUCUAUUGCGGUUUAUUUGGUCACAGACCUACCUCUGGUAUCGUUUCCCUCACUGGACAUUUUCCAAAUAGUCCCGAUGAAACUUUCCAAAAAACCAACUCGAUAGGACCUUUUUGUCGUUAUGCAGAGGAUUUGAAAUUAGCUCUCGCUGCUAUGGCCGGUGUAAAAGAAGUGGCAUCGUUGAACUUGGAUCAAAAGGUAAAUCUGAGCGAAUUGAGGAUUUAUUAUAUGCUCGAUAGAGGUUUCAAAUUAUCUGAAAUAUCAGUCGAUCCGGAUAUCAAGAAAGUAAUUCUCAAAGCAGUUAAACAUCUCCGAAGUACUCACGAAUGCUUUGUUCAAAAAAUCAAUAUUGCUGAAAUGGACGAUGCACUCGAAAUGAUUAUGACCAAAGCUACACAAAUGAAAGACGUCGAUUCUGUAUUAGUUUUGAAAGAUCCAAAGAACGAGUCUAGUCUACUAAGCGAAUUGCUAAAGUUAUUCAUAAAUAAAGCCAGUUAUUCGAUGGAAUUAUUAAUGAUGAGAUUUAAUGCGAAAGCUUGUUUCUUUUGGAUACCUGAAAACAAACGACCCGAGUACUUGUCAGCUGCGAAUAAUUUGGCUAAUCGUCUCAAGGAAUUAUUAAAAGAAGAUGGUGUCCUAUUCUACCCAACCUUUGCUUCUUUGGCUUUCUACAAACAGCAGUCUCUGUGGAAAAUGACGUCGAUGGCGUAUCCGAUGAUUGUGAAUAUAUUAGGUUUUCCAGCCACUCAUGUUCCUAUGGGACUGAAUGCAAAUGGUAUCCCAGUAGGUUUUCAGGUAAUUGCUGCCCCUAAUCAAGAUCGUCUUUGUUUCGCUGUUGCUGAAGAGCUUCAGAAAGCAUUUGGUGGAUGGGUGCCUCCGCCGAUGAGCUCAUAAUACAUAUUAUUUUGUUGAUACUUAUAUUUUCAUUUAUUUAUUUAUUUUCUAUUUUCCUGGUUACCUACUUACUUUAUGGUCAAUUGGUCAUAUUUUCAAUGUGAAAUGAUUUGUUAGGUAGGUACUACCUAUAUUUUUGUAAAAUCGUUUUCAUCUAAUUACCUGCGUUCACGUACAAUUUAUUUCGAAUCAUUAUGAUCGCGAAGAAAAUUUAAUAAAAUAUAUUUAUUUCUA